GCUCUAGUCGUUCCAGCCUCUUGGGAUCUUGGAACCCCAUCUUUGAGCUCCGCCCCCAAGGCCCCACCCCGCUCUAGGAGGGAAAAGGCACUUGCUGGUAGCUCUCCUCACAGGCACUGGGACCUGGAGCUGGUUGACUGGGAGCCGUACUGCUGCUGCCUGCUGCAGCCUGGGCCAUGGACCCCCAUGAGAUGGUUGUGAAGAAUCCAUAUGCCCACAUCAGCAUCCCUCGGGCUCAUCUGCGCUCUGACCUGGGGCAGCAGUUAGAGGAGGUUCCGGCUUCAUCCUCCUCCUCCUCUGAGAUUCAGUCUCUGCCUUCAGGAACCUGUAACCCCGAGCCAGCGGGCCUCUUGCAAACUACUGAAGCCCCGGAGCCCAAAGGUAUCAAGGGCGUCAAGGGUACUGCUUCUGAGCAGAGCCCCCAGACCUGGCAGUCACCCUGCAAUCCUUAUGGCAGUGGGCAACGUCCAUCAGGACUGACCUAUGCUGGCCUGCCGCCUGUGGGGCGCGGCGAUGACAUCGCCCACCACUGCUGCUGCUGCCCUUGCUGCUCCUGCUGCCACUGUCCACGGUUCUGCCGUUGUCACAGCUGCUGUUGUGUUGUUUCCUAGCCUGACUAUCCACCCUCCGGGGCUGUGGGGCUCAGGCCUCUGCUCAAUGCCAAAGUGGUACUGGAUAUCAGGGGCAGCUACUGUCAUGGGCAUCAGCCACUUCCUUCCCUGGACAGGGGAGCCUGUCCACCAGGAAGGUUUAUCUGGAACCCUCUGGAAUAGGGUUCCAGCUGCUAGCCAUGCUGGCAGCAACAGGGACACCCUUCAGUUCUUGCAAGACUUUGGCAAUAAAGCUGGGUGAGCAUUGUACC